CUGACGGACAAGAGUAAAUGCGGCCCCUCUGGCAUGCACAAGGGAUGAGGUUCCCGGUUGGGUGGCCCGGGGCCCUGGGGGCCGCCCCGCCCUUCCAGCUCGGCCGCCACGCGCUCCCUCACCAAGCUCGCAGCAGCAGCUGCCUGUUCCUAAGGGUUGGGUGUCAGCGCCGGUCCAGAGAGCAGCCAAUCGCCAGCCCGGCCCCGCCCGGCUUCCCGCCCCCUGGGCUCGAGGGAGGGUGGAGCUGCAGGAGCUCGGGGCGGUCGCUCGGUAGCAUUUAGAGAAAGGCGAAAGAGAAGCGAAGGCACGGAGUUGCCUGUGGCUGGGCCCGGCGUUUUUUGUGGACCUGCCGGCGCUAGCCUCCCUUCGCCUCCCUCCCCCUUAACACACCACCUACCUCAAGGCAGGCUGUGAAGCUCCCUCUCUGUCUGAAAAGCCCGGCAGGAGCUGCAUCGAGAGGGAACCAGCGCGUGUGUGAGAGAGAGAGAAGUGAGAAAGCAGGGCUUGCUGUGUAGCGGUAGCAGCAGCGAAACUUCCACGGCAGAAGUUGGACUGGACCUAGGCAACGCGCUCUUGAGCUCGCUGUUGAGUCACUCUUCGCACGGGGUUUGCAGGCGAGCAGAGGCAUCUUUUGGAAGAUGCACACGACCCAGAAGGAUACCACAUAUACCAAGAUCUUUGUCGGGGGUCUGCCCUACCACACCACGGACUCCAGCCUGCGCAAAUAUUUCGAGGUGUUCGGCGAGAUCGAGGAAGCUGUGGUCAUCACCGACAGGCAGACGGGCAAAUCCCGAGGUUACGGAUUUGUGACAAUGGCUGACCGAGCUGCUGCUGAAAGGGCCUGCAAAGAUCCUAAUCCAAUCAUUGAUGGUAGAAAGGCUAACGUGAACCUAGCAUAUCUAGGAGCAAAACCAAGAAUAAUGCAGCCAGGUUUUGCCUUUGGUGUUCAGCAGCUCCAUCCAGCAUUAAUACAGAGGCCCUUUGGGAUCCCUGCUCAUUAUGUCUAUCCACAGGCUUUUGUGCAGCCAGGAGUAGUAAUUCCACAUGUCCAGCCUACAGCAGCUGCUGCUUCCACCUCACCUUACCUUGACUACACUGGAGCUGCAUAUGCUCAGUAUUCAGCUGCUGCUGCCGCUGCUGCCGCUGCAGCCUAUGACCAGUAUCCCUAUGCAGCAUCCCCAGCUGCUGCAGGAUAUGUCACUGCUGGGGGUUAUGGCUAUGCAGUCCAGCAACCAAUCACUGCAGCAGCACCUGGGACAGCUGCAGCAGCAGCUGCUGCCUUUGGUCAAUACCAACCACAACAGCUGCAAACAGAUCGUAUGCAAUAGCAGAUGGACUUGUGAAGAAAGUUCUCUUAUUUUUCCCAUAUUUUUAUCUUCCAGCCUUCCAAUAGAAAUAGUUUAAAAAGAAGCAAUUAACCUUAACUAAUCCAGCUUUAAGGAAAGCUGCAAUGCAAUAGAGUAUUAUAAAAACAAAUCCCACUCUGUCUCUGUACAGUAUACAUCCAUAUCAUGGAGAGUAUUGUGGGGUGGGUAUUGUAAGAGUUUCAAGUAUCAGUCCAAGCAUCAUUCUAUCAUGAAAGGAUGACAGAAGUAACAAUAGAAGCUUAUAUUUAAAAAAGAAAAAAAAUGCAUUUUACAAUAUCAGGGAAAAAUGGUCCAGGUGAGCAAUAUGUAGCCUGUAUCAAACUGAAGAUUACUAUUUAAAUGUUGAAAGCACUGACUGUCACUACUACUUUUCAUUAUGGCCUACAGAACUUUCUUUGAAUAAGUAAGAAAAUGUUUUCUGACGAUCUCAUAAUGGGCAUCGAACAAACUAUAGAACGUGGCCUUUUGGGAAAAGGGUGGACAGGCACCAAAGUUAUUUUCUCAUCUGUCCUCUGUAUGAAUGGGACUAUGGAACAAGUGGUGUGGAAUUAAUGGGCGCAACAGCUGUACAGACAAUCGGUAACACAGACCAUUCUGGAAAGAACACAUCACUUGUGCUCGUUUGAUGAGCUUGUCACAUUCUAAUCCCUCUCCCCAUCCUGUUUCACUUUUAGGAAACUUUGACUGCUGGUGUCAGCUAUUCUGAUUCUGAAAUAGGAUCAGCUCUUUACUACAACAGCCUUCUCUUUUUAUUUAUUGUAUCUAUUCAUGGCUUGCGAAUAAAGGCAGGAAGAAAUUUGCUGAAUUUAAACCUUUAAGAACUGUGUUAAGGGAAUUUCUUGAAAUGAUUUCUAUGCAAUUUAAUACCUAUUUAAAAUAUUUAUUUACAAAACAUAGGUUUUUCAUGCGGCAACUUGAGAUUGCAGUUCUUCAAGGGUUAAUGAUAUGUGAGUUAUAUUGUGCCUUAAUUGUAAUGCUAUUUAAAGAUAUAUUUAUUAUGAAAGUUGUACUAUGCUGCGCUCUAAAGAAAACAAAUUUAGAUGUGAAACCAUAAAAUUAUGUAUUCAUCUCAUGGUAUAAGUUAUUUAGUAAGUUUAGCUCUAGUAUAUAAAAUAUUAACCUAAUUAAUUACAGAUAUUGACAUGGGUUUAUUUAAAUUCAUUAAGUACACCUUUAUAAGGGUACUUGUAACACUUUUUUAAAAAGAGCUUUUGAUCUUAAAAAUGCUAAUUUCAUGCUUUUUCCUUUGUAACCUGGCCCUAAAUCUGCUCACUUGGAAGGAAGCGCUAUUUACUUCAGUGGGACUUGUAUCCAAGAAAAUGGGCAUUGGUAAAAGAUUUGGGCUUCACAUUUUGUUUAGGAGUAAGGCCCAACUGAUGCACUACUGUUGUGGAAUGGGAGUGACUUCUAUGCAGUGUUGUCUCAUGCCUCAGUCACUUCUGCAAAUGGGAACUAAGUGAAUUGGAUGUGGGGAGUGACCACAUAACUCUGUCCAAUCCACAUAGUUCCUACUGGGACACUACUAGUAAAACUUUGGACUGGACAACACAGAAAUAGCUUCUGUGCCACAACAGUAAUUGGGCCCAAGUCCCCUUGACUUUGUAGAGACUUCGUCUCAACCAGUAUAUAGGAAAAAUUGGAUCUGAAACUCCACUCUUAAAUGCACUAUGUGGAAAUAGGUUCCCAUAAAACAAUCCACAUAAUGUUUAAGAGUGGGUUGUCUCCAUUUUCUCUUAGAACACAAAAGUUGUAGCUUUUACUUUCAUCUCUGUGUAGAUCAACUAUUAUUCCUUUGCUAGGAAAUGCUGCUUUACAUUGUCCUGUGAAACUGCAAUAACUUACAAUUUUUAUUCUAGACCUAAAAAGGAAUUUAAUAUUUUACACUGUAUUGGAAUCUUUUUAUACUUGAACAAUUUCAUACAAGGGAAGACAGGAUAGCAUUUUUAUGGACUUUAUCCAAUGUCACUGGAUUUAUUUUAAGUAUUUUGAAUACUAGCCAGUGUUAUAUAAAGUAGAUAACAUGACUCUCAUGUGCAUGUUAUUGUGUAUAUUGCUUUAUAAUGUUUCAAAUAUUCUAAUCUAUACACUUGUAUUAAAAAAACAAUAAAAUAUUGUUUAAUCUGA